CAUUUCUUCACUUUGCUAAACCUGAACUCGAGCAAAAUCUUAGUAUAAAUAACGGGGUACGCGCCACCAUAGAGUACACUUGAACAACUCAAGCAAAGCAACAUGUUCAGCAAGAUCCUCGCCCUCAGCGCCUUCGUGGCCGCCGCCUCCGCCGGAGUCAUCAACACCUACGCCGCUGCCCCCGCAUACGGCUAUGCUGCCCCCGUCACUCAUGCCACCUAUGCCGCCCCCACCCUGGCCCAUGCUGCUUAUGCCGCCCCCGCCUACGGUUACGCUGCCGCCCCUGCCAUCGCCAAGACCGUUGAGUUCGACGCCCACCCCCAGUACAGCUACGCUUACUCCGUGUCCGACGCCCUGACCGGAGACAACAAGGAACAGCACGAGACCCGUGACGGCGAUGUUGUCCGUGGAUCUUACUCUCUGAUCGAGUCCGACGGAACCCGUCGCACCGUCGAGUACACCGCCGAUGAUGUCAACGGAUUCAACGCCGUCGUCCACAAGGAGCCCGCUGUCCACCAGAAGACCAUCGUCGCCGCCCCCGCCUACGCUAAGGUCGCCUCUCCUCUGGCUUAUGCCGCCCCCGUGGCCCACGCCGCCUAUGCCGCCCCCGCCUACGGUUAUGGAGCCCCCGCUUAUGCCGCCCCCGCCUACGGCCGUGCCAUCCUUGGCUCUGCUGUUGUUCUUCUCGUUGCCCUUGCCGGCGUGGCGCAGGCCGGUGUGCUUGCCCCCGCCUACAGCUAUGCCGCCCCCGUUGUUGCACAUGCCCCCGUGGCCUAUGCCGCCCCAGCCUACGCCGCCCCUGCGUACGCUGCCCCUGCGUAUGCCAAGGUCGCCACCCCUGUCGUCGCGGCCGCCAAAGUUGCACCCAACGACUUUGACGCCCAUCCCCAGUACAGCUUCUCGUACUCGGUGGCCGACGCCGUGACCGGCGACAACAAGGAACAGCACGAGAGUCGUGAUGGCGACGUCGUCCAGGGCUCUUACUCCCUGGUGGAGCCCGACGGCAGCAAACGCACCGUCGAGUACACCGCCGACCCCGUCAACGGAUUCAACGCCGUCGUCAACAAGGAGCCCGCCGCGGCCAAGGCCUACGUCGCGACCCCCGUCGUGGCAAAGGUCGCCACCCCGGUCCUCGCCAAAGUCGCCACUCCCGUCGCCUACCACGCACCCCUGGCUUACCACGCCCCGGUCGUGGCUCACGCACCCUUUGCCUACCACGCGCCCUAUGUUUCGCACGGCCCCGUCGUCGCCCACUACUGAACCCAAGAAACACCGACUGACCCGAAAUGACGCCCUCUGAGACAACCGCAGCAUGUUUGUUUGUUUAUUUGCCCUAUUUACAUGUAUAAACUUUUAACGAAAUAUUCAACUAAAUUAGUCUUCUGUGUAUAAUUUAUUGUAUAGAAAACGAGAAUGAAUAAAUAAAUAUAUGUUAAAAUACAUAGCCUGAGCAAGAUCA